GGCUCUUCAGGGUCCGAGCUUCGUUCGAAACGAAGCGCCUUCGCAGCGCUCGCUGCUUUCUUCUCCUAUGAGGUCGCGAAGGUAUAUUUCUCGAAACAAGCGAUCGGUUUUUCACUCGUGGCCUCGAUAUUGUGAUCUUUCUUCCUCUUUAACGUCCUAUCGCGGUCGGGCGACCAGUGCCGGUGAAUCGUGUACGGUGGUGUGCUUGAUGGUGGUUGGUGAAGCUGACUGCAGGAAGGGAGCCGCUUCUGGGGACCUGUUUUCUUCUUUUCAAGUUUCUUCGACGUCUUGAGGGGCGUAAGAUCAUGGCAUCGUACAGGAGCUAUGGUGAUACAGGAGCAUAUCGAAGCAGAACCAGCGUCGGCAUCUCCAGCACAUUUGGUAGAAAUACUUCCGGUGGAAGUAACCUACCAAGCUGUAGAAGCAGUUAUUCCGGAGUCGGAUCGAGUUCUGCUCGAGCUAUUGCCAAGGAACGAGCGCUUGCUGGCUAUGGAGGCACUUUUCUUAAAAAGGAUAAGUUCGAAGAGAAACCAACAUUCAAAUAUUCAUGUACUAAAGACGUCGAUAAAAGUCGAUUGCAUUCCGGAAGAUCGUCGUCCGAAGACGUGAGGGCGAAAAGUCCGCUAUCUGAUAGUAGGUCGUCUCUCCUUGAGAAGUACUCGUUCUCAGCUGGCAAAACAUCGGAGAGGCCGUCUUCCGUGUUGGACAGAUAUAACCGACCGACUUCGCGGGAAAAGAGCAGAGAACCCGAAGGAAUAUCGAGGUACGGAUCCAGCACAUAUCCCGGAUCGAGUUUCGGCCGAAGUUACGGCAACGAUGGUAGAAUCGAAAAGAAGGACCACCCGCCGGUUUCCUAUAGAGGAUUACGUCCCAAUUCCGGAAAAACAUCGCGCGAGCCCAGUCCGGAAGUCAGUGUCGGAAAAACGAAUUCCUUCAGAGUCUAUUCACGCGCGCCGUCUUAUGGUCGUUCAACUGCUUCGCCUAGUACAUCCGAAUCAAGCUCGACUACAAUCUCGACGAGAUUUGGCUCGACAGCUGGUUCGCGAUUUCUUUCAACACGAAGCGGAAACGAACGAGUGUCUACAACUAUGAACUAUUCUGCAGGAGGAAGGUUUCGAAAUUUGGACAAUAAAACAACUAAUCGGAAAGAAGAAGAAGAUGAAUCAAAAUUUAUAAAGUCCGAUAAAGAUGGUCACUCCGAAUUGUCAAAAAUUACAAAUCGAAUAGAAGAGAAUGAGACCAACAAUAAACUUCCUGAUAACGAAUUUGUGACAUUAACGGUAGUGACAAGAGGUACUUCACCGACACUUCCAGCUUCCUCAUCCUAUGUCAGAAACAGGCGAGCGGAGAUUAAUGCCGUUCAUCAAAAAGAAGUGAUUAGACUUCGGAAAGUGCAGGAUACUACAGAUAAAGAAAUACAGUGUGAACAAGUGGAAGAAACGUCGAGAUUUUCGAGGUACGGCAGCAGUAAUAGAGUAUCUGGUGCACCGUGGUCGACAUAUCUGGAUAAAUAUUCAGGUGCAUCAACAACUGGCAGCUCGUCUAUGUAUUCGUCAAGAGGAUUUACUAAUGCGAGCUCUUCUAGCAGUAGGCUUAAUAAUUUUGCAUAUACAAGAACGAAUGAAGUACCGACAACUACGAGAAAUGAAUCCACUUCGAAAGAACUGUCGAGUUCUAAUCAAGAAAAUCAUAAUUUCGAUAACAAAAAUCAGAGUGAAAAAUUUUUCAAUGGCUUAAACAGCACAACAAACGAUGAGACUUUAUUAACGUCCAACGAUACGAAGUCAUCGUCGAGCGGUCAGAAUAUUCAUGGCAUAAAUAAAGAAGACAGAAUUCAGGGUAGCGAACGGUGUUGCUGUGGUGCGCGAAAGACUGAAACAAAUGGAGGCUCUAAUAAUUUAAGAAGUUCUAAUCAGAAUCUCGCAUUUUACCGCAAAGAGGGCUCAAUGACGCAAGAUUCGCAGGAUGCAUCGAGAUGUGACGAAUAUAAGAACCAAAGAAGACCGUCCAUUCCGCGAUUAGAACGUACUUCGCCAAAGAACGAAGUAAAAACUAAAACUGAAUUAACAUCAUCUAAACUCGAGGCAUACAGCGAAAGAAGAGGAUCCACUCCUAAAUCGGAUGCCAGCUCCUCUUCUAGAACAGAAGAGCCUCUUCGAAUCGUUGAGGGGCAUUGUCAAGAUAAAAAUGAAGAAGUUACUUCUCAAAACUGUGAGGUUUCGCAAAGAAAAGAUUCGGCAUCGAGUUCUUCGCAAAGUCGCUCGUCAUCGACAUCACAAACUCGUAACGUAUCAACGAAGAACGUGCCGCGUCAAAUGACGCGAACCGGCUCGUCAGAUGGGUCUUCUGUAAGCAUGCCAAUUGGCAGAUCGAAAUCAUCGUCAGCUAGUUCGGUGACGAGUCAGGGUAUAAAAAUAAAAACGACAACGCCGCCAUCGUCCGGAAAAUCAUCCACUGGUUUGAUCCUACCGUCAGUGAAUCUACGACAAGGCGGUUCGCCGGACGCGCGCGGCAAACCACCUGUGCCGAAGAAUGAUACUACGACCGCCGCCACGCCGAAGUGCACCGUGGCAGCGAAGUACGUGAACAAGGACUUCCGCAAGUCGACCUUGAACAUGGAGAAUGGCGACCCGUCGUGCUCCAAAUACGCGAGAAGGAAAAAAAAUCAAAGAAACAUUUCCGUUAAUUCUCAGGAUUCUGAAAUAAUAUCAGAACAAAUUCCUCAGGAAAUCUCUUCGGAAUCCUUAACCUCAACAAAGUCCGGUCAAUCGAGGUUCAGGACGCCGUCGGGAGAAUCAAAACCAAUGCUUAAGAGGAACGGCUCGAAUAGUUCAAUGAAGUGGGAAGUAACAAAAAGUGUGUCAAAGUCAUCUUGCGGAAUAAAAAAGAGGCCAUCAGGAACGUUCAGUUCCGGUAAUAGUAGUCAGUCGACCUCUGUAAAUUCUUCCAGCAGCGAGGAUGAUGACGAUCCUACGGAAAAAACGGAUUCGAGACGGAGAAGAAAAAAAAUGUCGGAAUCGCCCACGCGCGAGAUGAGAGGUAAAAGCAGUGCGGGAUCGUCGAGAACAAGUGUGUUGGCGUCAUCGGCCGAUGACAUGUCAAUGAUGACGGAGAAACCACCUAGACCACCCUCUAGUCCAAGAUCUAAAAGUGAUCGUUCAGCAAAGACAGAAGAGGCCAAAUCUUUUCUAAUGAGAGCGCUAGCGCCAGUAACAAACUUGUUUAAGAACAAGAAUCAAGAUUCCGAUGACACAAGUAAGUCAGAUGGUUGGAUUGACUCCUUUGAAGAAAAUCACGAAGCUAACAAUAAAUCAGGACAGUCGUUAUCAUCUUCAAAGUCAGCCAGUCAGAAUCUGUCAAAAGUGCCUAGUUUUAGUAAUUCCCAAAGAAGUGAUGGAAUAAGAGGAAACAAUGUGAGGAUUCAACGUCAGUCUUCAGGCGAGAAACCAUGGUGGUUGGAUCCAAAUUCUGAUAAUAUUCCCGAGGGAGUUCAAAGGUCUAGUCCAUGGAAUAAUGAUGUUAGUCAAGAUACAACGAUUAGCACGGCUUUACCGGAUGAUGGAAAAUAUAAACUCAAAAUUUGGCGACAAGGAUCAGAAGAACAAGCCUGGUGGUUGGACGACAUUGCAACGGAGGAGACAAAAAAAUCAUCCUCGCCAGUGUCUUCUAUUUCGAGACGGGGGUCCAGUCGAAAUAGUUUUCGAUCAACUGAUCGGCGAAAUCGCAUCAGACAUCAGCAGUCCGGUGAACGAGCGUGGUGGAUGAGCGACGAUCCCGAGAACGUUCCGGAGGGCAUCGAGGUCAUUCCAGUGGCGUCUGCUGAUACUCAAAGUACCGACAACCCUGUCGAUAACGAGAGCCUUUACUCUUCAAAGCCGCUUAAGAAAAUCCGACAUAUCGAAUCCGGUGAGAAGGCGUGGUGGAUGGACAGCUCCUCCAACGUUCCUGACGGGGUCAUCAGGAUUCCUGUGGAAAUUCCUAACAGCACUUCCGACUCCUCCGAGUCAUAUGAGAAGAUCGAUAUCGGCAUUAACCCUGAACCUGAGACGUGUGCCAAGGGAAGCCUCUCCAGAUUUCCUAUUGAAUUUCCGCCACCACCAUCCGAGCCGUUGGGAGAUCGUGCAAGUCCGGAAGGGAUCGAGAAUCCACCUGAUCCGCCAGACAAUUAUGAGGGACGAAAAUCUCCUUACGACAAUGUACAAUCGACGCGGACGCCUCGAAGAUUGCCACCGCGGAAACGACCCUCUACGUUGCCGUUAUUUAUUGGCGAGCAUACUGACAUCGAUAACGUGCUCGGUGAUACAACUAUCCUGUGUCAUAGCCCUGUUCUCUCCCGAGUUCGUAAACAGGAACGCGUUGAAGAGGAUCCUUCGCAAGAUAGUUCAGAAUGCGAAGAAAUAGACGCAACCCAAGUGAUUAUUCAUGACAGUACGCCAAAAACACCAGUGAUCCAACGAAGAAAUCGAGAGGACAAGAGGAUUCAACCCGAUGGCUACAUUCCGCAGACGUCCAAGAUCGAAUCGAAAUAAAUCGGCGGUACGACAAACCGGUUCGCGCAUCGCGUGAGUGCGCCACGGCGUGCGCACACGAUUGCCGUGUGCACGUGAAAAGGGGUUGGGGGGUGAACCUUAUCUUUUUCGGGAGACGAAGAAUUGCGAGA